GGAUCUCCUCUAUUAUCAUCACUCUUUUCCUACCUGUCUUCCUUUGAAUCUUUCAUUCUGGCAUCCUUCUCCUUUACAUUCUCUCGCAUUCUACCCUUUUCGACCUUCUUUCCUUAAAAAAAAAAAUCUUUUUAACCUUCUGUAUUCUGCCUCUCCUAGACCUCUCUUCCUCUUUCUUUAAACAGAGCGUACUUUCAGUCUCUCUUCUCUCUCUCUCUUCUCCCUGUGUCUGCGCGCGUGCGUGAGAAGAGAGCGCGAAACUUUGGUUAGCCGGUCUGGAGCAGAGAUGGGUAUCUUUGGUGGAACACCUCCAAGCUGUCACUCGUCCCGGCAAUGUGCAGAAUGGGCACGAACCUACCUGAAGUACUGCUUGUGCAGCACGAAGGAUAGUGUUGCCCUGAUGCUUGGGCUGGCCAGUGUCGUCAGCUGGGGCGUUGCCGAGGUGCCACAGAUAAUAACGAAUUACAGACAGAAGUCAACUGAAGGGCUCUCUAUUGCUUUUCUGAUGACCUGGAUAGUUGGGGAUUUGUUUAACCUUGUCGGCUGCUUCCUGGAACCUGCUACUCUGCCUACACAGUUUUACAUGGCAUUGUUAUACACCAUCACGACUGUGAUUCUCACUGGACAAACAAUAUAUUAUAGCCACUUCUACCACCGUCUUAUAGCAAAGAAAUCCAGGGCAACUAGCAAGUCUCAAAUGCAUCAGCGCAGGGAUGCUUCUUUGCGUGAAAAGCUUUUGGGUGCCAAGGAUGGUGAGGCAUCCAGAAACAACAACCAGACAGAUGAAACUGUUCCCAUUCCAAGCUCACCAAUUCCUGUGAGUACAAAAUUUGUCCAACAGUGUCAUGGUCCAGGCAGCCCCAGCACAGACUACUACUACGUGUCAGCAAGAUCUCUAUCAAGGAGUCCAGUGCCGACUGCAGGUACAUGGUUGGGCAAUAAUCGUCAGUCAUCAAGGAGUCCUCCACAAACGAAUGUCCAAAGGGAACCUUUAGUUGGUGAGUUCUCUCCAGCACAAUCUGCACCGUGUACUACAAAAAAUGCUCUUGCAGUGGUACCAUGGAUGGGUCUUCUGUUGAGCACGUGUCUCUUGCACUUUUUGGUUGGAAACACACAUAGGGAGGUGCCAAGUGGGACUGUCAUACCAGUCGGAAGAAGGCUUUUACUGUUUGCAGAUGAUCAUGGACAUUCAUCUCUCAGCCCUGGUGGUGGAAGUGAAAUUGGAAGCUUUCUUGGUUGGGCAAUGGCAAUAAUCUAUAUGGGCGGACGGCUUCCCCAGAUAUUCUUAAAUAUGCAAAGAGGCCAUGCUGAGGGGCUCAAUCCAUUGAUGUUUACCUUUGCUUUAGUGGGGAAUUCAACUUACGUAGGAAGUAUACUUGUAAAUAGCUUGGACUGGUCAAAACUUAGACCAAAUCUUCCUUGGCUUGUAGAUGCUGGAGGAUGUGUUUUGUUGGAUUCUUUUAUUAUUCUUCAGUUCCUUUAUUUUCAUCAUCGGAAGCAAGGUGAGCCUGCAGACGAGCACGACAAUGCAGAUAAAGCUUAAUUGACAGCAAGAGAGAAAUCCCUUUUCUCCUUCAGUACAAAAGACCUGAAGGUAUCUCCUCCACCGGGCCCUACAUUUCUGAGAUGUGCUGGCAUUCUUUGUUGCUUGGAAGACAGUCACUCAGGACAGUUUUGGUGCGUUGCUGCAUGGAGGGUGACGCACGUCGUCAUUUAGAAAUGCUUCUGGCAACUGUUAUGUAGUAAAUAUCAGAAUGUCGCGUAUUAUAUCGAAUGUAGACUGGCUUGCUUUUGUUUCAUGUUCAUUUUUCUAGUUUCCGUGCUCUGAAAACUUGCACAACCAAUGUACAUUCGACACAGUAUCAUCGGAUAACAAUGUGUUGGUUCCCAAUUCCCAUUUUAACUUUUGAU